CUUUCGGCCCGGCUGUCCCUGGUUGGACACAGCUGAUGCCCGCCGGCUUCUCGGCGCGCUCCCGGCGCACAGUGGCUGCUUGCCCGGCCUGGGCUUUUUGAAAAUUUCCGGGGCCGCUCGGCGGCGCUGCGAUUGGCCGCGUCCCGGUAACCUCUAUGCAAAUGAGGCCGCGCCACCUCCGCGCCGGCGGAGACCCGCGGAGCUGGCGGGCAAGGAAGGGGCAUUCGCGGCGGGGCUGGGCGGGCGCACCCAGAACCGGGCAGGCAGCGAUCCCGCGCAGCCAUCCGAUGCCCGCGUGUCCCCCGCGCAAAGGGGACGCCUCACCAGCUUCGCCGCCCCCUCCCCCUGGCUCCCCUCCCCGCCCCUCCCCCCGCCUGCCUGCCUGCACCACCUUCCACCCAGAUCGUCUCUAAAGGGAGUUCUUGGUUUCCUCCGAUUUCUUAUGAACCCAGGAUGGGCAGCAAGGAAGAUGCAGGCAAGGGGUGUCCGGCGGCCGGCGGCGUCUCCAGCUUCACCAUUCAGUCCAUCCUGGGCGGGGGCCCCUCGGAGGUGCCACGAGAGCCCGCCGGCUGGCCAGCCAGGAAGCGCAGCCUGUCCGUGUCCUCGGAGGAGGAGGAGCCGGACGACGGCUGGAAGGCACCUGCCUGCUUCUGCCCAGACCCGCACGGCCCCAAGGAGCCGGGCCCCAAGCAUCACCCCCCCAUCCCCUUUCCUUGCCUGGGUAACCCCAAGGGCAGCGGAGGCGCGGGGCCGGCGAGCUCGGAGCGCACGCCUUUCCUCUCCCCGUCACACCCGGACUUUAAGGAAGAAAAAGAGCGGCUGCUGCCCGCGGGCUCGCCGUCUCCGGGGCCCGAGCGGCCGCGGGACGGCGGCGCCGAGCGGCAGGCGGGCGCCAAGAAGAAGACGCGCACGGUCUUCUCGCGCAGCCAGGUGUACCAGCUCGAGUCCACCUUCGACAUGAAGCGCUACCUGAGCAGCUCGGAGCGCGCCUGCCUCGCCUCCAGCCUGCAGCUCACCGAGACCCAGGUCAAGACUUGGUUCCAGAACCGCCGCAACAAGUGGAAGCGGCAGCUCUCGGCCGAGCUGGAGGCGGCCAACAUGGCGCACGCCUCGGCGCAGACUCUGGUGGGAAUGCCGCUGGUGUUCCGGGACAGCUCGCUGCUGCGCGUGCCGGUGCCGCGCUCGCUCGCCUUCCCCGCGCCGCUCUACUACCCCGGCAGCAACCUCUCGGCCUUACCUCUCUACAACCUCUACAACAAGCUCGACUACUGAGCGGCCGCCGCCCGCGCCGCGCUCUCCCGGCCGCCUCCAGCGGCGCCCCCUCCCCCCUCCCUCCCCGGGGCUCCGGCGCGGGCCGGUGCGUUGCCAGGAAUAUUAAGAAAUACACCAUGUGUAUUCAUUAUCUCUUAUUUAUGGCCUCUGCCCUACUUUUUGUUUUGAUUGUUUCGGGUUAUUUAUCGGCAUUUCUCAAGCCAGAUCGCCUGCUUUCUAGCCAAAACAAACCAAUACGCUUUGAAAACCAUUUUGGAGGGGAUGUUCUCGGGUGGCGGUGGAAAAGGAGGUUCCGGCCAGAUCUACACUGAUUGGUAGGGAAAAAAAAAAUCAGAAAAACACCAACAGAACCAGGUACACUCCUCUCCCCAUA